AUGUCUGAUCAACAACCUCCACCUUACGGUGGCCAUCCGAACUAUGCUCAGCAGUGGCCGACAUAUGCACCGAUGAUUCCCCCAAACGCUCACAAUCGCGCUGACUUCGGUACACCGAGUGCACCUGCUCCGAACACUGCGCCGAAAAUCGAUAAUAAUAUGGCAGCUUUCAACACGAAUUCACAGCUCGCAGGACCAGGUGGCACUCCCAACCAGGCUUUCUUCUUUCCACCUCCAUUUCCAUUUUUCAAUCAGUUUGACCCGUCGCAACCUCCUCCUUUCCCUCCGAUGCCUUACCCAGGAAUGGGAUUUCCCCCACCUCUCCUUCCAACAGGGUCCUCCAAUCCUCCCGCGGCACAUCCAAAACAAGCAGACAGCAGCAGGGAAGAGGGAGAAGUCAGCGAAGAGAAUGAGGAAGCAUCACGCCCGUCGAAACGUCAUACUGUGCGCCAGGAUUCUGAAAUGGAAGAAGGAGAAGCUGCAAGCUCCGGGAGGAGCAGUGGAUCACCAUACAAUCCUCCUCUAUCAAUGUCGGUAGACACUGGCGCAGUUCGUCAUGUGAUGCAGUCGCAAAAGCAGAACGCACACGCCGCAACAAUAGCCACGCCUCAAUACCAGAAAUCAGCUGCACAGCUACGGAUCCAAGCUCAAGGAGCGUUGCUCAGCUUGGCGCCUCACAACAUUCGCUUCAACGAGUUGGUUGCAGAGGGCAUAAACCCAGCGAUCCUGAGACAGCUCUACGAGGAAGUUGGAAUCAAGGUUGUCACGUCAACAGAACAAGCCCCGGUAAAGGUCGACUCCCGAGCUGCCAAGUCCACACGACCCAUUGAAGCUCCUAAGCCACAGUUGGAGGCCAGCAGGACAGCAAAUGAAAAGAAUGUAUCAGCGAAGACAAGCAAACCAGUCUCACAAUAUUCUAGCUCAUCGGCUGUUGCCCCCUCCGGCCCAGAUAAACCUCUGGAGAGAAAGGAACUUAUUGCGCAAAUGCUGGCCGCGAAAGCUGCGAAACUUGCACCUUCGCCAGGAGGUAGUGUAAAGUCCGCACCGAGCCCGCCGUCUAGCGCACUUCCCCCAGCGCCAAAGGAACCAUCGGUGAAGGAAAAAAGCAAAGCUCAAACCGAGCUGGCAAGACAACGAAUCGAGGAACUCAAGCGCAACGCUCUGCGAAAGACGCAACUUGCAGCCCAGCUAGACCAGGCCGCGGUCUCGUCGCCACCUCAAUCUCAAGCUCCAGUCAUUCAGCAUCCGCUUCCCCUUCGACCUCCUGUGCCCGAGCUCAAUCAGUCUGCUGGUCUCCCGGGACUUGUCAUGACUGAAUCAGCUCAAGAGCCAGAUGAAAGUUCUGCUCCCGAACUCCCUCAAGAUGUAUCUGUCGACCCGACCCCAGUAUCACGAACUUCACAGCGCAAACGACCUCGUGCAUCCGACUUUGACGAAGCAGUCGCUCCUCCCAAAAAGCCUUUCACCCCAGUAUCUGGAUAUUUCACCCCAACCGACAGACUUGUUAUUGCAAUUAGCGACGAUGAAUCCCUCUAUGGGGAUGAUGAGGAUGACAACAUGGACCUAGACUUCAGCCCUGGAGAGGAACCAGCGCCAUCGGGAAGCGCAACCGCUCCCGAGGCACCCAUCCAGCCGCAGCCAUCUAUCACCAGGGGUUCUACAUCAACCCCGCAGAUCCCCUCCAGCCAGGGUGAACAAGGAGAUAUUAGACUCAAAGAUAUGGAAAUCCAAGCCAUGCGCCGCAAGAUUGCGGAGUUAGAGCUACGACGGAAAUCGAAACUUACUGCAAGUCGAACCCAGUCACCUCGCACUGUGGAUGACUCUGGAACAUCGUCAUCUAGUGGACAACCCUUUGCUCUGGAGGUUGCGGUUGCAGACACCCCGAUCGCACCUACCCCAGUCGCCACUCCUCCCACUUCUUGUCUCGCCGAUCGCCCCGGUAUAAUCGAUUCCUUCCGUGAUUCAUCCAUCAGAGUCCUUGCUGCAAUGGAUAAGAAGCAGCUGGACAGCAUGCAGUCUAAAAUUUUGCGCAUGAAACACAUUGAAUCUGAGCUUCCCGAUUUGGACGCAGGAAUUUCUUCGCCCGAGUCUCGCCUUUCUGAUUGUCGUCAAGAGGCUGAGGCACUGAUAGCAGACAUCACCAAAGGAAGAGAAGGUCGAUAUCAACUCGUGGAGGAAUUGAAACGCCUCAGCUAUGAGAUCAAUGGAUUAUCAUCAGAAGAUUUGGAUGAGCUUCAUCGACAGGCCGAAAUCAAGAAGCAACGUCUCCCUGAACCAGCACCGGAAGCUUCUCUAUCAUCUCCCCCUAACUUGAGUACUGUUAUCCCGGAUAACUCUGGCCAUGAGCCAGAAGAUACUCGUGGCUCCCAAGAACCUGCGCAAGAAACAUCGACAUCAUACCAGACAGAUUCUGCUGGGUCAGCCAUGGAUGAGUCUGACGACAGUAGCAGCGAUGAAUCUGGUUCGUCUAACGAUGAUGAACCUGCUAGAGCCCCCGUCCAAGCCGAUAUUCCCGAAAAUGUCCCAGAGUUCUCAGAAUCCAUGGACAUUGACUCUUCGGAUGAAUCCGAGUCGGCGAGCUCGCCAUCUGCUGCAACCCACCUUGACCCAGAGCCUGCCGAUCAGCACACAGUACAGCAUGAAGAUAACGACCGGUCCGGUCGUGAAAUUUCGGCGGUAUCUGAUGCUUAUGAGCCACCUGAGCCUGAUGCUGAUGCUCAAUCCGAAGGCUCUAGCUACAGUCCUCCUCCGUUCAGUCCAGCUCCUCCAUCUCCUCCAGCUUCCGUAGAAAACACAGCAACCUCAGCGCCUUCGAUUGAUAUCACUCAAGCCGAUGAAGCACUAACGAACGAUCACCAGGUGCCAGACCAAUUGCCCCGGUCGGACUCGCAAGUUGGCGUUCUUGGCACUCAGGAAUCAUCCGCCAGCUUGGGGAAGAGAUUCACCCCAUACAAAAGUCCUCUACGAAACUUCAAGGCUUAUCGCUAUCACCCCAAUUAUGCUGAAGACGUUUCGAGCGGUCACCGUUCGCUAACCUACAGUCAUAACAUUGAUUCAAUGCAAUACCUGUGCCCCUACGAACUGGCCGGUGGUGUCUGUAAUGACCGGUCCUGCGAGUGUCAGCAUUUUCGGGACAUGACUCUAAGCGACGACAAAAUUCUCGUCCAAAUGGGCGCCGUCCGAGAGGGUGAGACCGAAGAAGAAAAAGAAAACUAUCUCGCUGGACUGAAAGAGAUCAUCAACGACAUGCGACGUGAUAAGGUGAAAGACUUUGACACUGUGGCCGCCGAAAUAGCCGCAUACCGUAGGCGCUUCCUCAAAGACCCGUCGCGAGUCUUGCCCCUGUAA